AUGCCGAGGAGCGGUGGCCGGAGCAGCCGGGAACGGUCCUGCGAAGGCGAGGAGCUCGCGGUUGGCCGCUGCCGGAUUUUGGUCUUUCUCCUGAAGAUGCACAUUCUGUUUGGUGUCUGGGGCCGGCUGGCCUCCCUCCCUCGCCCAGGGUCCUCAGAGGAGCUAUUUGAGGUUUCUCUCUGGCCAAAUCAGACCCUAGUGGAGUUUGGACAACCCCUAAUGGUCAACUGCAGCACCACCUGUCCAGAACCGGGGCCCGGCGGAAUCGAGACCUUGUUGAAGAAAACCCAGGUGGACAAAGGGCCCCAGUGGAAGGAGUUUCUCCUAGAGGACGUCACAGAGAAUUCUGUCCUGCAGUGCUUCUUCUCUUGUGCAGGGAUCCAAAAAGACACAAGCCUUGGCAUUACUGUAUAUAAGCCACCAGAGCAGGUGAUCUUGGAGCUGCAGCCUACGUGGGUGGCCGUGGAUGAAGCUUUUACAGUCAAGUGCCACGUGCCCAGUGUGGCACCCCUGGAGAACCUCACCCUUACCCUUCUCCAGGGUAAUCAAGAGCUGCACAGAAAGAACUUUCUGAACUUAGCUCUUGCCUCCCAAAGAGCCGAAGUCACCAUCAGUGUCAGAGCACAAAGGGAGAAUGACAGGUGCAACUUCUCCUGCCAUGCAGAACUGGAUCUGAGUUCACAAGGUGGAGGGCUUUUAAACGGCAGCUCAGCCAUCAAAGUCCUCCGGAUCUUUGAAUUCUCGGAGAGCCCCCAGAUCUGGGGCUCUUCACUUCUGGAAGCUGGGGUGGCAGAGACUGUGAGCUGUGAGGUGGCUGGAGUGUUUCCAGCCGAAGAAGUUACGUUCCACAUAUUCCUGGGUGAUCAGGAACUGAGCCCUUUCCUCUCCUGGGAGGGUGACACGGCAUGGGCCAAUGCCACCAUUCGGGCCAUGGAGACUGGUGAGCAGGAGCUAUCUUGCCUUGUAGCUCUGGGUCUGAUGGAACAGAAAACAAGACAGCCAGUGCACGUCUACAGCUUCCCUCCACCAGUCCUGGAGAUAGAAGAAUCAUACCCACUGGCAGGGACAGAUGUUAAUGUCACAUGCUCAGGGCAUGUAUUAACAUCACCCAGCCCUACUAUUCGACUUCAGGGGGCCACAACUCUCCCUGCCCCUGGGGAUCUUGCCUGGCUUCUACUUACUGCCAGGGAAGAAGAUGAUGGCCGAAAUUUCUCCUGUGAGGCAUCUUUGGAGGUGCAAGGUCGGCAAUUGAUUAAAACCACUGUGACCCAGCUCCAUGUGUUCUAUGAACCACGGUUAGAAGAAUCUAGUUGCCCUAGCAACCAGACAUGGGUGGAAGGGAUGGAGCAGAUGCUUGCCUGUGUUCCGAAGGGAAAUCCAACUCCGGCCUUGGUGUGUACUUGGAAUGGGAUCUUCUUCGACCCAGAAGUGCCACAGAAGGCAGCCAAGAACCACACUGGAAUCUACUGCUGCACGGCCACUAACAAGCUGGGCUCUGUCAGCAAAGACAUUGCUAUCGUUGUUGAAGGACUGGAGGAAGGAAUCAGCUCCAGCGUCUUCCUCAUCAUUAUUGCCGCCCUGGGAGUGGGCGUGAUCACCAUCGCUCUGUAUUUGAACUAUCGGCCCUGCAAAAUAAAGAGGAGACUGCGCUACAGGCAGGAAGAGAGCAAAGAGGAAGAGAGCCAGCUUGCUGCUCAACAGGCAGAGAAGAGCAGCUCACAUAAUUGUUGA